CGCCAGGCGGGGUGGGAGGGAGGUGGGAUUCUGGUGUUGUGCAGUUGCGGGUAAAGAGAGUGUGAGUGAGUUAUUGAGGCAGGGUGGUGUUUUGGGGGGGAAAAAAAAGGAAGCGAUUUUGCAUUGGCUGCAGGGCGGGAGGGUUUUAAAAAAAAGGGGGAAAUCGACCGGUUUUGGCCGUCACCAUGAGCGGCGGGACGCCGUACAUCGGCAGCAAGAUCAGCCUUAUCUCUAAGGCGCAGAUCCGCUACGAGGGCAUCUUGUAUACCAUCGACACGGACAACUCCACGGUGGCCCUGGCCAAGGUGCGAUCAUUCGGAACAGAAGACCGCCCCACAGACAGACCUGUCGCCCCAAGAGAUGAAAUCUAUGAAUAUAUCAUCUUCCGUGGCAGUGAUAUCAAAGAUAUUACUGUCUGCGAACCUCCCAAACCACAACCCCAAGAUCCUGCAAUAGUACAGUCUUCGUUGAGUGCUUCGUCAAACACUUCAUUUCAGCCUCCAACGUCAUACAGUCCAUUCCGUAGUAUGACUCCAUAUAACCAGUUUGCUGGAGGAGGAUCUCUGGUUGGACAGCAGUAUGGCAGCUCUGUGGGUCUAGGAUGUUCAACACCCACCCAAAUCACAACUGUUUCUCACUCCUCCAGUACUGAUAGUCCUCCCUCACCACAACCAGCCUUUACAGAGCUUGAAAUACCACCUGAUCCAGCACCCUUGCAGAAAAGCCAACUGAUUCCUCAGGCAGCUACUGGUUUUCCGUUUUUGCCACCAAGGCAAAGUCCUAUGGUAGAACAAGGUGUGCAGACGAGUCCUAUAGAGGGUCUUAAUCAGAAGAACUUGCAACAGGACAAAAUCCCUGCCAGCAUAAAUCAGCAGUCUGUUGGACCAGAGCAAAGAAAAGUUGUACAACCAACGCCACAGCCAAGUCAAUCUCAAGUGAAUGAUGAAAAUAAAAAACCUCAGCCUCAAAGGAGGAGAUCAGGCAACAGAAGAGUCAGGAACCGUGGAAGAGGGCAAAACUUUUCUGGAAACAAUAAAGAAGCAACAAUGAAAUUUGAAGGCGACUUUGAUUUUGAAAGUGCAAAUGCUCAAUUUAAUAAGGAGGAGUUUGAAAAGGAGUUCCAAAACAAACUCAAAAUUAAAGAUGACCAAGUCCAUAAAGGAGAUCUUGGUGAUCAAGAAGAAAAAGGAGACUCGAAUGUUGAGUCACCAAGUACUGAAGGAAAUAAAGAAGAGCCACCUCUUGGACCUAACUGUUACUAUGACAAAACAAAAUCAUUCUUUGAUAAUAUUUCAACAGAGCCAAAGACAAGGCGUACGUGGGCUGAAGAAAGAAAACUUAAUACAGAGACUUUCGGGAUCUCAGCUAAAUUUCUUCGUGGUCGUGGUUUUCGUGGAGGCUUCCGUGGAGGAAGGGGCCGUGGAGGAGGGAGAAGAACCUCUUCAAUGCCAAGAAAUAGUGGCGGUAGCAGGGUUUAAUAAGAAACUCUAGACAAUGCUGAGAAGAUUGAGUUUUUGGAUUCUCUGUAAAUACACUAAGAAUUGGCACUGCAGGUGUUACUUGUGAACUAGUGGGUAUUCAUUUUUGUUUAAAUACACCCAAAGGAGCAACUGGCAAGCUAGUUGUAAAAUGCUGCUUCUAGUAUCCUGUCAAUUAAGGUUUUGUAUUGAUUUUUGUGGUCCUUAUACAGUGAAAAAGGAGAUGAAUGUGUUUAUUUUGGGUUAGCUGUGUGUUUAACAGGUGUGGGAGUAAUUGCUUGUCUGUAACUGGCUAGUUUGCACAAAUCGUGCACGGAAAGCUUAAUUUAUUUUGAAGAACAAAGCUUCCAUGUUGCAUCUGUUGCUGCAUAUGCUCAGGAUUGCCACCAGUCCUUUCUGUUGCCAUGAAAAAGCAUCCUUGUAUCUGUGUUUGAAAUGUUUCUCGCCCAUGCAGACUCUGAGCUCCAUGAUGAUGCUGAAGGUUAAGACGUGUUUUUAAUUCACCUUAAAUUUAGACAACUCCUUUUUGAAGUAUUACAAAAUCAUUAAAGGAGGGUGCAAUGAAUAGUAACAAACAUGAGUUGGCAUGAGCAGAUUAUCCAUGCCACUUAUAUGCACUUGGAAUUGAGUAACUUAAGUACUGUUAGCUGCAUCUGUUCACUUCAUCUUUGCUUAAAUUGUUUGUAUUGAUAUAUCCUUGUAAUUUUUACAAUUGUAAACAGUGACUUAUUUUCAAGUGCUUUCCAACUGCUGUCUUCAAUCUUUAAUGUUUGGAAUUGCUUUUCCGUUAACUUUCAUGUUUGCAUGGGUGAAAAGGAUGGCUUCGUUUAAUCUGUAUUUAUCUGUAACUGUAAUUUAUAUUGGUAGCUUAAUUCAGACUCCUGGAGGCUGGUAUGGGUCAGCUGGCUCCCAGCAAAUACUGUGAAAUAUGGCUUUUUUUUAAAACUUGAAUACAGUUUAUUCAUGAGUACAGUACUGCCAGCAGGGCAGGGGAGCUGAAUUUAGCAACGUAAAUAUUGAAACUGCUCAAUGAUGUUGGUCUCCUAGAAUCUGAAUAAAUGAUGCCAGUAUAAAAAUCAGUGUAAAUAUAUAUCAAUUGGUAAUCCAUCAGACGUGUGCCUCUUUGGAUGGUGUAAAUAUUCUGAAUGGACUUCCAUAUUUUCAAGUUUAAUGCAUUCACACUAAAGGUGUAAUGUUAAUGGGAGUUCAACUGUUAAGUACUUUUUUAUGACACUCACCUCGAGGCACAAUUGUUUAUAUAAAUUCUUGGUUGUAGCAUGUGCAUAACUAUGGGUUAUUUUGUCUGACACUUCAGUUUAUGAAUAUGCUGGACUUAAACUUAUGAAAGAGUUCAGAAGUUUUUAGUGCUAUAUGUACCAAGAAUUGCAUGGAAUGCCAGGUAUGAUACAAAAUAAUCUGGAUGUUUAUGGCAGUGUGCAAAGUAAGGAUAAUCAUUUUUGAGAAGGAAAUGAGCAACGGUGCUCUGUACAAAGCUAAUGUGUUUUGAAUAUGUUAAAAUACCCGCAGAUGUUUGUGUUGUAUAAACUUUGUUUCAUUUUAAACUUUUGGCACUUGUUGAUCCGGGAAGAGUUGGCUAGCUUUUGAAGAUCACUGCCUUCACAGCAGAGCAUUUGUUCUACAAGCUAGCCUGUUAUUGCGCACACUUUGAAAUUUUGAAAUUGACAUUAUGCAAUGUCACAAAGCCAUGGUAACUGCACUCUUGUAGCAAUAAAUAUUGUGUGAAGUACACUUUAACAACAUUGGGCAAAUACCCUAAUGAUUUAAUAAAUGAUGAGCAAAGAUA